UAUUCUCUCAUGCCAAACAUCAUGAAGCUACCUCGGCUAGUUAUUUGUACUCUCCUUUGGCAUUUACUUCUAUAUGGAGUAGCAGGACACACAGUAUCUAUAGUGAUCACCAACAAAUGCCCCUUCACAAUAUGGCCAGCAACAGCCCGCAACACAGGCCAUCCAGUGAUAGCCAAUGGUGGCUUUUGCCUGAAAUCCGAGCAAUCAUCACGCAUCCAAGCCCCUUGGGACUGGAGUGGCCGCAUCUGGGCUCGGACAGGCUGCAGUUUCAAAGCAGAAUAUCAGCAGGAUGAUCACACAAAUUCUACCUGGGCGCCCGCCUGCCAAACAGGCGAUUGUGACGGGCGCCUCGAAUGCAAUGGCCUCAUAGGUGCACCACCAGCAACAUUAGUAGAGCUCACCCUAAACACAGAUAAAAAUCAGCCGAGUAUUUACGACGUUAGCCUCGUAGAUGGGUACAACUUGCCGGUGUCUGUCUUAGUCCCACGCGCACCUAAGUGCUCGAUUCGAGGCUGUUAUAGAGAUCUGAAAGCGAUUUGUCCGUUGGAGUUGCAAGUCAAGGAUGGAGGUGGUAACAUUGUGGCUUGCAAGAGUGCUUGCCUUGCGUUUAAUUUGGACAGGUUUUGCUGCAGAAAUGAGUAUAGAAACGCUGAAAAGUGUACGCCAAGCUUGUAUUCUGAUGUUUUUAAGGGCGCUUGUCCCUCUUAUGUUAGCUAUGCUUUUGAUUCUCCUUCACCUUUGGUGAGCUGUUUGGUGAAGGAGCUUUAUGUUACGUUCUGUCCGGCGGGAUAUGGUGAUCAUAGUCAAGAACAAUAUGCUUCUAGCUAAGGGACAAAAUUCCAAAAUUAACUAGGAAAGUUAAGGAAAGGGGGUCGAUACUUGUGAUGAGCCCUUUGUUAUAUAUAGGAAAAAUAAAUGGGUCAGCUAAACACUCUUGUAGUCUUGUUCUCAUUCCAUCUUAUAUUACUCCAUUUACUUUCUAUCGGCAAAGUUCAUAAAUUUGACC